AUGAUCAUCUUUGAAAGCAAGAUUAGAGAGAAUAAAAGUGCAGAAGACUGCACGCUUGCUACACAGAGCUACUUAGGCUGCGAAGGGCGGUGGGGAGCGCGCGGCAGCCCGCCGGCCGUUGCCCGGCGCCACGGGAACGCGGCGGGAGGCAGCCGUUGGGGCGUGGCGCCCCCCCGCUGGCCGGAGGGGCGGGGGCGAAGGGCGCGCGCGGAGAGCUGCCCCUCAGGCCGGGGCGGACGGCGGGCCCGGCGGCGGACUGAAGAUCUGAAGAAGAUAACCUAUGAGCUAAGGCAGCAUGUCACACAACUGCUUGAUAAGAAGCAAGUGGUGGAAAGUCAAGUGGAUAGAUUCACCUGUAAAAACGGUCGUCUGUGUAAACAACUUGCUGUAAUUGGCAAACUAUCUGAGCAGCUGGAAAAAGCAUUGCUAUUCAAUACUGCUGAUAAGGAGCUGGAGGAAGCAAAGAUUCAAAUUCAACACCAGCAGAACAAGAUAAAGAAGCUGGAACACAUGGUGAAAACACUAAAAUCUGAGAAUAACUUUUCAAGACAAAGUCUUGUACAACAAAAGGAGAUCUGUGCUUUGAAAGAAACAAUUGCACAACUUGAUAAAGAGAAGGCAUCUUUGCAAGACUGUGUGGAAGAAGGAAGAGAGAAGAUUUCUACUUUUGAGGAAAGCCUGGCAAUUAAAGAGAAAAUAAUUUCAGAUUUCAAGAUUCUGAUUUCUGAGUUGGAGCAUUCCACAAAAAAAUCUGCUGAAGCACUCUGUAUCUGCGAGAAAGAUAUCACCAGUUUGCAUCAACAGCUACAAGAAACCAACAAAGAACUUGCACAGACUAACAAGAACAGAGAAUCAUUAGCUCAGGAGAGUAACAGGUUACAAGAGCAUCUUUCUAAUAUUGAGCAAGAAAAUCAGGUACUAUAUAAAAAACUAGCAAAGUACCAGAAUGAGCUUGAUGAUAUGAAGUUGAAAGCCCAGGAUUCAAACACAGAUAUUGUCAGACUGAAGGGUGUACUGAGGUCUAAAGAAAGAGAGAACUACAAGCUUUUAGAGAAUUGCCACAAAGCCCGUGAACAAGGAGAAAGCUGGGAAGCAAAAUCCCAUCAAGCAGAAGCAGAUUGUAGCUCUGUUAGACAGGCACUGAUUAGUGCAGAGUCUGAGAAUCGCAGGUUGAAAGAGAAAAUGGAGUCCCUUGAAACAGAGAUGGAGCAACAUUUAACAACAGAAGCAGCAUACAAGUUUCAGAUUUCUGCCUUAAGCAAGUCGCUUGUGAAAAUGGAAGGAGAGCUUCAAAGCAUACAUUGGGAGACAGUCUCUAUACUUGCAAAUCUCACCUCUACACAAGAACUUUGCAUUAAACUAGAUGCAGUCAAAGAAUGAUUAAAUCAGCAGUUAACUUACACAGCAGAGAAAGUAGAAAGGCUGCAGAGCAAGUGUCAGUCAUCCCAUUCUGAAAUAGAGCUGCUGAGAAAACAACCGGGAAAUGAAACAGCAUCUAUGAAAAACCUGGAAUCUUUGCUUAUGUCCAGUCGUGAGAAAGAAUUUCAGUCACACAUAGCAAAGCAAGAAAAAGACUCUGAAAUUCAGUAUCUCAAGGAACAGCUUUCUUUAGCAGAAAAUAAACUUGUAUGUUCUGUGCAGAGUCGAGAUUUUACUCAGCUCGGAAAUAGAGCAGCUCAGCUAAAGUCAGAACUGGGUAUCACCAAAAGACAGCUGGGGACUGAGCUCUUUGAAAGGGAACAUGCUGUACAGGAGCUUCGAUGCCAGAAUCGUACAAUCUCUUAUCUGUUAAGCUCUACAUUAAGAACAUCAUCACUUAAACAUUCCCAUCACGAAUCUCCUGGUUGGUCUCUGGACUGGUCCCUGGAAGGGGUGAUAGCAUUCCUUUCUAAUUAG